AUGCCAAGAAAUGAUGUCAAGUGGCAGCAGCUCCCAUCAGCCGUUCUUAUCCUCGAUUCCGACGUCAAGAAUUACCUGGGAAAUGCCAAGGCAACGUUGCUCGCACCUAGCUUCUUUGGCGAACUCGGAACCUACAGCUUCGAAACCCAGUUUCAGCCGUUUCAGCCGCCUACCGGAUGCAAUAGUUACAACAAUAGGGUAGAUCAUAGGGAAGUUGUCGCCACCAAAGACGCGCCUCAACCGACCAACCCCGAGAUCAGUCAUGUCGGAAGACGUGAGCCCAUCUCGCAUGCCUUUCCUUUCUCAGGAUCUACAUAUUCCAUGCUACAAAGUUUGAACGUUAGAGCCGGCAAGUUCACCCGUGUCCUCUUACGGACAGGCUUACAUUACACGGAGCAUAUCAGAAACAUAAUGGUAAUGCCAAGCCACUUUACGACAGAUACCCAGCUGGCGCAAUAUGAUCGCGUCCUAGAUGAUCGGAGACGAGACACUAAGAAAGGUAUCUCGCUAAAUGCAGUGAGGAUAUGGAAUACGUUCGAGCAGACAAACGGGGAGAGAAGGCUAUCAAAAAGGGACCCCAUCAAUGUGGAUGAGGCUCGUAUGGAGAUCAAAUCGACAUCAUCGGGAGGCUGCCAUACGUGUAUGCUACAGGUUCCAGCCCAGCGGAAAGGCGACAAGGGCUCUAUUCACGAAUAUGGUCCAGCUGAAACCUUGUACUCUGUUGCCCCUCCAAUCAACGAGAAUCAUCUGAUAUUGGACCAGGACUAAAUCGUUC